AUGUCAAUCAGGAUGACUAUUACCAGUUUGUGGACACUUGGAAGCAGGAGUGGGAGAAGUGUUCAAGUUCCAGCUAAUCCAGAUACUAUCCCACAACCUUCUCUCAGGGUCAUUGCCGAUAAGGUAAAAGAGGUGCUGUACUCACGCCCACGAAAGUACAUCCAUUGCUCAAGCCAGGAGCCGUCGGAACCAGGAUAUGUAAACAUUCUGGAGCUAGCAGAAAGCAUGUGUCGGUAUGACCUUGAUGAUAUGGAUCUCUUUUGGCUUCAAGAGUGCAACCUUGAACUUGUAGACAUGGGUUGCACUCCAGUGGAUGAGAACACUAUGGAGAAGACAUUAGAGGUUCUGGAACGUCAUUGCCAUGAAAACAUGAAUCAUGCAAUAGAGACGGAGGAGGGUCUGGGCAUAGAGUAUGAUGAGGAUGUCAUCUGUGAUGUUUGCCGCUCCCCAGACAGUGAGGAGGGCAAUGAAAUGGUGUUCUGUGAUAGCUGCAACAUAUGUGUGCACCAGGCAUGUUAUGGCAUCCUGAAGGUCCCAGAAGGCAGCUGGCUGUGUCGAACGUGUGUUUUAGGUAUUCACCCACAGUGUAUUUUGUGCCCAAAGAGAGGUGGAGCCAUGAAAGCUACAAGAACUGGUACGAAAUGGGCACAUGUAAGCUGUGCUCUCUGGAUACCAGAGGUGAGCAUUGCUUGCCCUGAAAGGAUGGAGCCAAUUACUAAGGUUUCUCACAUCCCUCCCAGUCGCUGGGCAUUGGUCUGUAGUCUCUGUAAACUGAAGACCGGAGCAUGCAUACAAUGUUCAGUUAAGAGCUGCAUAACAGCAUUUCAUGUUACUUGCGCCUUUGAACACACUCUGGAUAUGAAGACAAUUUUAGAUGAAGGAGACGAAGUUAAGUUCAAGUCCUACUGCUUGAAGCACAGCAAGAACAAGCUUUGCUCUGAAGGGGAGCAGGAAGAUUGUCACAAACCAGCCAUUGACAACAGACAGAGUGAGAGUGAGAAAACUAGCCUCCGUGCCCAGAAACUAAAGGAGUUGGAGGAAGAUUUUUACACUAUGGUAAACGUGGAUGCUGUGGCAGCUGAACUGGGAAUACCCAAACUCACUGUGGACUUGAUUUACUCUUUUUGGCUGCUGAAACGUAAAAGCAACUUCAACAAACCACUGGUGCCUCCCAAAGAGGAGGAGCAGAAUGGCUUGUUACAACCCAAGGAGGACAGCAUCCACACAAGAAUGAGGAUGUUCAUGCACCUUAGACAAGAUUUAGAGAGAGUUAGGAAUCUGUGCUACAUGGUGAAUAGAAGAGAGAAGCUGAAGCUCUCACACAGCAAAAUCCAUGAACAAAUCUUCAAUCUUGAAGUACAACUUGUAAAUAAAGAGUUAGCUGCAGGGCAACCUUUAUCAAGUGCACUGGAAAAUACACUGUUCUACCCUCCUCCUAGAAUUACAUUAAAGUUAAAAAUGCCAAAAUGCACCCCAGCAGACUGUAAACACAGCUCUGUGAAAACUGGAAGCCGAUCAGGUCUUCUGAAAAAGAAUAAUAUUUCUUCUCAUAGUAGAAGUAGAGUUCUAAAGAAAGGGUCAUCUGAUCCUAGUUCCAAACACUAUACCAGGCAUGUCUCAGAGCAAAGAAGCAAUGGACUGCUCAAUGCGAAUAACUCUCGAACAGACACUCAGGCCCCAGGUUCCCAGCAAACAUCACGAUUUAGGAGCUCAGGUAAACCCUUGUCCCUUCAAGCUGUAAUCCAUGGACAAUCUUCAAAUGGAAGUGGAAAAGUUCAGCAUGAACAUUCAAAGUCAAAUAAAUCUAAUGGACUUUUGCAUUCUGGUGGGGACAAAUCCCAGAGAGACAACUCAAGCCAAACUUUUCUGAGUGAAGAGUCCUUAUGUCAUUUGACUAGCCAGAGUAGCUUUAGGAAAUCCAGUUUGGACCAUUUUAAUAGAUCAUUCAAAGAGGCAACAAAUAGCUUAGUUAGGACCAUGGAAGAUAUUCAAAGUUUUGAAAAACCUCAAAGGAGACAAUCUACAAAAGAUCGCUUGUGGAACAAACAGCCUCUUGAAUGUCCAUCAUCUGUGACUCCUUACCAAGAUAAUGAUGGCUAUUGUCCUGACCUUGAAUUAAGUGACUCAGAAGCUGAAAGUGAUGAGAAUAAGGACCACAUACGAGUACGGAGAGGCAACCCAAGUCACGAAAGCCCUAGCAGAGACUCAAAUAAAAACAGUCGAAGUAGAAGCAAAAAGAACAUGAUUCCACACAGUUCAGGUCAGAGGUGA